AUGAGGAAAAUUCCUGACAAGUCAUGGAUAGAUAUCCCUAGGAUUGAACGGUUUCGCGAUCGACGUUAUAGGGAUGGAUGUGAAGCCUUCAUGAAGUAUGCCGAAAUGAACCCAAAUAAUUUAAGUAGCGGUGCAAUGUACUGCCCCUGUUAUAUAUGUAAGAAUAUGAAGCUGAAAAAUAGAGAUGAAAUACGAAGUCACUUAGCAAACUCUGGGUUUUACGCUGAAUAUAAAUAUUGGUCCUACCACCGGGAAGGCUGUACUGAAAUUGAAGUACCAGAUGUGCAUGUUGAUGCCAGUCAUGCUCUUGAUAUAGAUGAUAUAGAAAAUUUACAAACUGAAGGUGGACCUAGCCAUACCGAAUACGAUAUUAACAAUGACAGUGAAGAUGAUAUCGUAGAUGAUGUCCAAGAUGCAACUGAGAUUCAAGAUGUUGAUGACCCAGAAGGCUUUGGAGAUGCUCAUAUUCCUGAGGACUUGGAUCGUAUAAUGAAACUACUGGAGGACAGUGAAGAGGAUCUGUAUGAGGGUUGCACCGAGUACUCCAGAUUUUCAUUUAUGUUGGAGCUCUUGCAUAUUAAGAACCUCAGUGGAAUGGCAAAUACUUAUUUCGAAAUGCUUCUUGAUUUGUUGCGGAAGGUAGUUCCAGGAGGAGAGCGUAGCAUUCCUAAAACAACUUAUGCGGCUAAGCAAAUCGUUUCCGAUUUGGGACUUGAUUACAAUAAGAUUGAUGCGUGUCCCAAUGAUUGUAUUCUCUACUAUACGGAUAAUAAAGAACUUCAGGAAUGUCCAACAUGUGGAGUAUCUCGAUGGAAACAACACACCCGCUCUUCAACAAGGCGGACAACAGAGUCAGUGUACAUGCAGAGCAAGAUUCCAGCUAAGGUGCUUCGUCAUUUUCCAUUAGUUUCUAGAUUGCAACGUCUAUAUAUGAAUAAAGACACCGCUAAGAGCAUGAGGUGGCACAAAGAGGGUCGUAUAGAAGAUGGUAAGUUGAGACAUCUAGCUGAUGCAGAGGCUUGGAAGCAUAUUGAUAAGACGUUUCCCAAUUUCGCUCAUGAAUGCAGAAAUGUCAGACUUGGGCUUGCUAGCGACGGAUUCAAUCCGUUCGGGGUUAUGAGUUCAGGUUGGUCUACAUGGCCAGUUGUCUUAAUGCCAUAUAAUUUACCCCCACUGCUUUGUAUGAAACAACCGUAUAUGAUACUCUCAUUACUGAUACCGGGUAAGCAUGCACCGGGUAAUGAUAUUGAUGUCUACUUAGAGCCCUUAAUUGAUGAGCUAAAACAGUUAUGGUUGGAAGCUUAUGCUAAUCUUUCUGGUUGGUCUACAAAAGGCAAGUUUUCUUGUCCAGUAUGUGGCCCAGAAUUUGAAGGCAUUCACUUACCAUAUAGUCGAAAAUGUUGUUAUUGGUUCAACAGGAGAUGGUUGCCCUCGGGCCAUAAAUACAGAAAAUUGAGCAAUAAGUUUGAUGGCACUGUUGAGACUAGGAAUAAACCACGUCAAAUGACCGGUGCUGAUAUUGUAAAGUUGCUUGAGCAUCUUCCAAAAAUAAGAUUUGGUAAGAACCGAUAUUCUAAGUACGACUCACUCAAGGUUAGAGGCUCCGGGAAAAAGAAAAAGACACUGAAGAGGAAGAGAGCAAUCCAACGGGCAUAUGUUGAUAAUGGAGUCGAUAAAUUACCAAAGGGAUGGAGUAAAUUCAGUAUCUUCUUCCAGCUACCAUAUUGGCAAAAGCUUAAAAUCAGGCAUAACUUGGAUGUCAUGCAUAUUGAGAAAAAUGUUUCUGACAAUAUAGUUUCAACUCUCCUUCAAGAUCCUAAUAAGUCAAAGGAUGACCUAAGGGCUCAUCAAGACUUAGCUGCAUUGAAUAUACGAGAAGAGUUGCAAGAACAAGAUGUUGGUCUUAAGAAAAAACAUAAGCCUUCCUCUUGUGUUACGAUGUCGACAGAGCAGAUGCAGAGAUUUUGUGAGGUCCUCAAAUCAGUAAAGUCACCAGAUGGGUAUUCAGCUAAUAUAUCAAAUAAUGUUCAGGUGCAGGAGAGGAAACUCUUAGGCCUAAAGACACACGAUUAUCAUGUUCUUCUACAUCAAUUACCCAUUGGUUGCAUUGCGUAA